GGAGUCCAACACUCACCGCCCACUUCCCAUUGGAAGCUUUGGCGGGAACAUCCCCUCCCAACAUCAUAGAGUUGGCGGUUCAUAUCCUCUUUAUUUCUUUGUAAAGGCUUCGACUUUCUCUUCUAAGGUCUAAUCUAAACCUCAUCUUCGAUUCUGGAAUCUGCUCCCAAAAUGUCUGACAUCCCCUCUCAACUCUACCGCCAAAUACUUCUUUUCCUGCCAGCCGAUUCCCUUUUCCGCUUCAGAAGUGUUUGCAAGGACUGGUGCCGUCUCAUUGAUGACCCAUCUUUCGUCAAAGCCCACACACAAAAUCAAAUCUCCUCAAGCACUCUUCUUAUCAAAAAAGGCUCUGGUUCACCACCAUUUUAUCUCAUAAACUUUGACUCCCUAGAAUUCACGGAUGACUUGAAUGAUGAAGGCAAGAUGAUUGAAGUAAUUCCGGUGAAGCAAUUGGUUCGUCUUGACGUGCCUCGCAUACGGAGUCUUCCAGUGAACUCCUGCAAUGGUUUGAUUCUUAUAUCCUCUUACGACCUUGACAAGAUUUGGGCGGUUUGGAACCCCUUAACUAGAGACUGCCAUCAGUUGCCCCUACCCGGUUGUUCUACUUUUUCCUUUGCCGCUGCGGGUAUAGGGUAUGAUCAUGUUUCUGAUGACUACAAAGUUGUUAGGUUAGACACAAUUUAUCGUGGUGAAAAAUAUCUUUGCAGAACUCUCAUUUACAGCUUGAAGUUGGGUUCUUGGAAGAGAAUUAAGGAUUGUCCUUAUGAUUUUUUCAGUAUCCCUAAUCAUGUUAAUGGAGUUUCUGUGAAUGGAAAAUUGCAUUGGUAUGUAUGUCGAAUGAUUAUCACUCUGGAUCUUGUUACUGAAGAAUACAGCCGUAUUCCUCUCCCCCCAUUACCCUCCAAAGAGAUAAUUGAUAUGUAUUUGGAUGCUAUCAGUGGAUUAUUAAUUUUGAGUUACAGUUACUUCACAAGUUCGGGGUGUCAUUUUGAUGGAUGGGAAUUGCAAGAAUACAGAGUAGAAAACCCUUGGACGAAAUUGCUCUCAUUUCGCCUUUACUCUUUUGACUCACCCAAACUUGUUGCUUAUAUGAAGAACAAAAAGCAGGUUAUCCUGCAGCGUGAAUAUGGUUUUUUUUGGGUUGAUAUUGAAAGCAAUUCAGUGAAGCAGGUCAAAGUUGAUGGUCUCUCAGGCUUUUCUUCUCAAGUUUGUCCAGGAAGCCUCUACCGCCUCGACGACCGUGGCAGUAACAGUAAACCCAUCUCAACUUCAACAGGUGUGAAGAGGAAGAGAAAAAAGACCAAACAGAGAACUAUUACAAGGCUGAAGAUCCAUAUAAGAAAUGGAAUGUACCGGAGUCCAGAACCCAGUUAUGAUUCUUCACCCGGUUCGUACGAGGCUGAUGAGUAUUAAGUAGUCCUACCAUUUUGGAUGGAAACUAUUGAUGACGACUUUGCAAACGAGUCUGUUUUUGUUAACUUUGAAAACUUUCAGCCUUUAGAUUAAUGUGUUUUUGGAAUAUUUUCUAUUCAUUGUUUAUUGCUCUUUUAGUUUGUGCAUCCUGCAGCUUGCAGUAUCAAAUUACUCCCGUGUCAUUUGCGACCAAGAUUUUUAUCAUGAAGAGAUUGAUA